AUGGCGUUGUUGCUGUUUUUGUUGUUGCUGUUGUUGUUUUUGUUGUUGUUGUUGUUGUUGUUACCAAUUUGUCCUUGUGUUGAUGAUUUGUGGCUGAUUCUUGCGCUACAGAGAUGCAACAACAACAUCGACGACAAAAUGACUGUUGAUAUAGUUGGGGUGUACUCGUUUGAGUUUAAGCAAAUAAAAAUAAAUUCACAAACUCUUCAGCAGAUAUCGUCGGCGCGGCCAGAUAUGUCGUGUAGGCAACAAAACAGAAGAUGUCUGUGGGCCUGGCAUCGAUCUUCUGAUUGCAUUGCGAGCAAGAAUGACUGA